AUCCUUUCUUUCUCUAUACUCUGUGAAGCUGUUAGAGAGAGAAACGAUUAUAUAUAUAUAUAUAUAUUUUUUAGAGAGAGAGAGAGCGCUCUCCUUCGAAUUAGAUCUCUGUUCCUUAUUUCCUUUGUUGCCCUCUGCAAUUUUUCUACCUCUUCUCUUGAUUUUUCUGGGAUUUUAAUUUGUGGGAAUUCAGUUUCUUCUUCUGCUGCUUUCUAAUCUCGUUUUCUUUCUGUUUGUUUUUCGGGAUAAAAUAAAACCUCUCUGUUAUGUCCUUCUGAUUUGUUUUUGCUUCAAGAUUGCCUUUUACAAUUAGGGUUUUACGAGUGCUUUGGGAAUUGGGGGUUUUUCUGUGAAAUUAAAUGGGUUUAUUGAGUCAAAUUUGGAUUAUGAGUUGCUAAAUUUGAUUCACGAGGUGAUUGUUUCUCGUAGCUUUAAUUUAUUUUUUUUUCUUUCUUUUCUUUUUCCUCUCUCUCUCUCUUUCUCUCUCUAUAUAUCUCCACAAUGAUAAUCAAGCGCAACCUGAAAUCCCAAAUGCCGAGUCUUAAACGCUGCAAGCUUGGGGACGCGGCGGGUGAAGACGACGAUAGCGCAGCUUCGACUAGGAAGAAACGGAAAUUGAAAGGCUAUUAUCCUCUUAAUCUUCUUGGUGAAGUGGCCGCCGGCAUAAUUCCGGUUGGCCUUAGUGGGAUUAUCAGAUCCUCCAACGUGGACUCCGAGAAGGGAUUUGCUGCUUCGUGGUGCUCCGCAGUGUCUUGCUUCCCUCCUGGUGAAGUGGAGUCGGAGCCUAAAUCCAAGGGUCGAGAUUCAACGAGAACAAAUAAUCGUACAGUGGAGGUUUCACGUCCCCCCCUAGUGCGGACAUCCAGAGGGCGGGUUCAGGUACUCCCUUCACGGUUUAACGAUUCAGUUAUUGAGAAUUGGAGAAAAGAGAGCAAGACUAGCUUGCGUGAUUAUAGUUUUGAUGAUGAUAUUCAAUGUGAUAACAAUUCGACUAGGAGGGAUAAAGAUAGAGAUAAAUUCAGUUUCCGAACACCAAAAACAUGUUCUAGUAAUGUGAAGAAACAAAGAAUCGAGGAGAGAAUUGGAUAUAAGUCUCGUAAAUAUGCAACAUUAUGUGAGGAAGAAGAUGGAGGAGAAUUGGGUUUUAAGAAAUACUUGAGUUCACGCAGUACCCUCACCUCACUACAUGAGCAGCUGAUGGAAGAUGAGAAGUGUGCAGUUGUAGACUUAAGCAGCUUGGAGAGGCCAGAAAGGAAAGAUGGGUUGUAUGGGCCUGAGGAUUUCUAUUCAGGUGAUAUAGUGUGGGCGAAGUCGGGGAAGAAGGAUCCAUUUUGGCCAGCCAUUGUGAUUGAUCCAAUGACACAGGCACCAGAGCUGGUUUUGAGGUCCUGCAUACCUGAUGCAGCAUGUGUUAUGUUUUUUGCUAACUCUGGGAAUGAGAAUCAAAGGGAUUAUGCUUGGGUUAGACGAGGGAUGAUCUUUCCAUUUACAGAUUUUGUAGACAGGUUUCGGGAGCAGUCUGAGUUGAUGGAUUGUAAGCCUAGUGAUUUCCAGAUGGCAAUUGAGGAGGCAUUUCUGGCGGAACAGGGGUUUACAGAGAAGUUGAUACAGGAUAUAAACUUGGCAGCUGGGAAUGCAACUUAUGAUGAAACUGUUUUUAGAUGGCUUCAAGAAGCAACUGGUUCCAACCAAGAUCAGGACUGUCACUAUCCAAACCAGGAUUUCUUUGGAAACAAUAAAGGCAUGCGACCUUGUGGAGGUUGUGGUAUGGGCCUUCCUCUUAAAUUGUCAAAGAAGAUGAAGGCUUUGACUAAUGGAGGCCAAUUCUUAUGCAAAACAUGUGCUAGGUUAACAAAAUCAAAACAUUAUUGUGGAAUAUGCAAGAAGAUUUGGAAUCAUUCAGAAAGUGGGAGCUGGGUGCGUUGUGAUGGUUGUAAGGUUUGGGUCCAUGCAGAGUGUGACAAAAUUUCCAACAAUCGUUUUAAGGAUCUUGGUGGCACUGAUUAUUAUUGCCCUACUUGCAAAGCAAAAUUCAAUUUUGAAUUGUCUGAUUCAGAGAAAGGGCAGUCAAAAUCCAAAAGUAACAGUCAACCAACACUGCCCAACAAAGUAGUUGUUUUCUGCUCAGGGGUAGAAGGGAUAUAUUUCCCAAGCCUUCACCUGGUUGUGUGCAAAUGCGGGUCUUGUGGGCCAGAAAAGCUAGCGCUUAGUGAAUGGGAACGACAUACAGGUUCCAAAAUUAAAAAUUGGAGGACCAGUAUUAGGGUGAAAGGUUCCAUGUUGCCACUAGAACAAUGGAUGAUGCAGUUAGCAGAAUAUCAUGCACGUGCAGUUUCUACCAAACCUCCAAAGCGACCUUCCAUUAAAGAGAGGAAGCAGAAGUUGCUUGCAUUUUUACAAGAGAAAUAUGAACCUGUUUAUGCAAAGUGGACAACAGAACGUUGUGCUGUAUGUAGAUGGGUUGAAGAUUGGGAUUACAACAAAAUUAUUAUCUGCAACAGGUGUCAGAUAGCUGUUCAUCAAGAAUGCUAUGGAGCAAGGAAUGUGCAAGACUUCACUUCCUGGGUUUGCAAGGCAUGUGAAACACCUGAUGUUAAGCGGGAGUGUUGCCUUUGUCCAGUAAAAGGUGGUGCUCUAAAGCCAACUGAUGUUGAGACACUAUGGGUUCAUGUUACAUGUGCUUGGUUUCAACCUGAAGUCUCCUUUGCAAGUGAUGAAAAGAUGGAACCUGCUCUUGGGAUCUUAAGUAUCCCUUCAAAUUCUUUUGUAAAGAUUUGUGUCAUCUGUAAGCAAAUUCAUGGUUCUUGCACUCAGUGUUGCAAGUGUUCCACUUAUUACCAUGCAAUGUGUGCUUCAAGGGCAGGGUAUCGUAUGGAGUUGCAUUGCUUGGAGAAAAAUGGGAGACAGACCACAAAAAUGGUUUCAUAUUGUGCAUAUCACAGGGCUCCAAAUCCAGACACAGUUUUGAUCAUUCAGACUCCUCUAGGGGUGUUUUCUGCCAAGAGCCUUAUUCAAAAUAAGAAGAGGGCUGGUACGAGGUUAAUUUCAUCCAACAGAGCAAAACUUGAAGAGUUGUCAACAGAAGAAACUACAGAGGUUGAGGCACUCUCUGCUGCAAGGUGUCGGGUGUUUAAAAGAGUAAACAACAAUAGGAAGAGAACAGAAGAAGAAGCCAUUUCCCACCGAUUGACGGGCCCUUGUCAUCAUCCGUUAGGCGUAAUACAGAGUUUGAAUGCAUUCAGAGUAAUUGAAGAGCCUAAAAGUUUUUGUUCUUUCAAAGAGAGGCUUUACCACUUGCAGAGAACUGAAAAUGAUCGAGUUUGCUUUGGUAGAUCUGGGAUACAUGGAUGGGGCCUUUUUGCACGGAGAAACAUUCAAGAAGGAGAAAUGGUCCUUGAAUAUCGUGGUGAACAGGUGAGACGCAGCAUUGCAGAUCUUCGGGAGGCACGCUACCGGUUAGAAGGCAAAGACUGCUAUCUUUUCAAGAUCAGUGAAGAGGUAGUGGUAGAUGCCACUGACAAAGGAAACAUUGCACGCCUAAUAAACCACUCAUGUAUGCCGAACUGCUAUGCAAGGAUCAUGAGUGUGGGUGAUGAUGAAAGCCGUAUCGUACUUAUUGCUAAGACAAAUGUAUCUGCUGGUGAUGAGCUAACAUACGAUUACUUGUUUGAUCCUGAUGAGCCUGAUGAAUUCAAAGUUCCUUGUUUAUGUAAAGCUCCAAAUUGCCGGAAAUUCAUGAAUUAGGUUAUAUACAGAACAAUUAUUGUUUCUCCGCAAGGAGCACUAACCCAAUCCCAAGCCUACGGGAUCUGAGUCAUACAAGAUUUGUCCUUUUUGCCAAAAGGAAAAUGUAAUUUUUUGUUUCUUUUUUUUACUCCCUUAGACAAUCUUUGAGCUUAAUAAAUGUUAUAGGUUUGCCUGCUGUUUUAAUUCAGGCAUUUGUGUAAAUUUGUUGACUCACCCUCAUUCUCUUAUAAUUAAAAGCUAACCCAUUUUCAUUGUUA